AUGUUCUUUCAAGCUUCUUACUUUAUGGCUGCCAACCGACGCGUUGUCUUUGCUUUACGUGCUCCCUCUACCACUGCCACAACAACAACCACAGCAGCUGCUGCUAAAAAGAACAAGAAAUCAGUUCGCUUUAGUGGCGUCGAUACCGUACGCUAUACGCAUAGCCCAUCCGAAUACGAUCGUUCUACUCGUCGUCCUACACGUCCUUUACGUAUUGAUACACAAUUGGGUACCAAUGGUCCUCGUUUCUUCACACGUCUUUCUACCAACUAUGGUCGUCCCACAUCCAUGGCAGAAGAAGAACGCACCUUUUUAUGUGCAACUUGCUAA